AAGACUUGGCAGUCUGUAGCUUACUGCUCUUGCAAACAGUUCACACGAACAAGUGAGGCCAUGAGAAGUAUUCAAGCUUGGAGAAAAAUUACGUUGGAGCAUAAGAAGAGAAUCUGAGUUUGCUUGCGUCCACUGAAUGAAGUGCUUCGCAACGGUCGCUGCUGAGGGCAUAUAUUCAUUGCAGGUUUUGUUUUCCGAAUGCGGCAUUAAACCCUGCAGUUUGCUGGAUGAGUCAGAGUUUGACACGUGACUAGAGUAAGUCUUCUUAAUAUGAUAGAGUUUGCUGGAUGAGUCAGAGUUUGACGCGGUUUCCAAGGUUUGAGAUCGGAGCGGAAAACCUCUCCACCCGUGUCAAUCGUGUACUAUCGUGACGAUGGGUUCUUUGGCAACUGGCUCGGUGAGUGUUUUGGCUUUGCAAAAAGCGAAACAGUCUUCCCGAUAUGUGGAAAUGCAGACUGCAGUUUCAGCAGGUGUGACGAUAGUGAGAAAUUCCAAGUUUGGCAUCAACCUCCCACGCUUGACAGCAAACGGGUUAUCACCCUCUACCUCACUUAGAAUGUCCAGGAGGAGACGAUCCCCUGCCGUCUACUCGAAGGACAAGGAAGAGAAAGAUGAGUACUUCCAGAAUGUCUUGAACCUUCUGUGGGAGCAAUUUUCACGACCCGAGAAAGUACGUAAAGUCGAACGUGAGGAUACAACUGAACCCCCUGCCAGUGACGACAACCAAGAUGCUGAUGACAAGAACGAUGAGGAACAAAAAAGCUUCGACGCUGGGGACGAGGAGGAGGGUCAUCAAAACGAAGAGCACGGAGAGGAGAUAGUGGCAGACCACGACAACCAUCAACGGGAUGACUUGAAAAAGAGUCUAGCGAACGCGGUGUACGGUACCAAUUGGGGGAUGAAUGCCACUCGAGAGACGCAUGCUGCAAUUGCCGACAUCAUCACGCAGCUGGAGGCAGUCAAUCCAACCCCGGCACCAACAGAAAAUCUCGAAACCAUUAAUGGAAAAUGGAUCAUGGCGUACACGUCGGUAGAGGAGUUUCUUCCUUUUAUCGCUGCAAAAUACCUACCAUUGGUGAACAUCACCGAGAUCGCUCAAGACAUCGACGCAGACUCCCUUACUAUAGAUAACACCGUCUCUUUCACGGGCCCUUACAUGAAGACAACGUUCACCAAGUGCGCUUCAUUCGAUGUGCGCAGUCCAAAGCGUCUCCAGAUGAUGUAUGAGGAGAGCUUCAUCGCCACGUCCCAGGUAGACGAGGAGGUUGUCGACAACGGCCCCGAGAUGACGGAUUUCAUGGGUCACAAGAUCAAUCUCCGGGGCUUAAAAUCCCUGCUGCAGCCGAUCGAAGACGUGACCAAGCAGGUGACGAAACAAGCCGCGUCGCAUCCACCGCUCCGGAUCCCAUACCCAGCGAACACCGUGCAAAGCUGGCAGGUGAUCACGUACGUCGACGAUUGCGUGCGCAUUGCGCGCGUCGCGGGUGGCGGCGUCUUCGCACUCGUCAAGCCAGGAUCUGCCAUCGCCGAGCUCCUCGCAUCGACAACUCCGCCGCACCUUUGAAACCAACGCUCAUCGUCCGAACUCCAACGAUUAUAGUUUGAGAUAAACGCUUAUUAUUGCCUAAUAAACACUUACUAUGUUUCUUAAACCACGUGUAGCAUUCAUACUGUGGAGGUUCCGUUGGAGCUCUAUAGACUUGGGGUACCUAUAAUCUCACAAAAUUAAACAAGCUUGAAUUGGAAUAACUGUGAGAUUUUCAAUAGAGUAUUGCCUAUUAGAUUUUUGAAGGUAUUGUUUUGGUCACAAGUGCUUUCGAAGUUGAAUUGGGUUUUGAAUGUUUUCAUGAAGUAUUCUGGGGUCAUAGAGGUCUCAGUAGAUUUCAUAUUUUGUGGCCAUUAAUAAUACAUGGUUAUUGUAA